UACACUCUGAACAGUUUUAGUUUUGGAACUAUGUCUUGAUGUUAUCAUAUUCGGGCAAAAUCACAUCUUAUUUUUUAUGCUGAGCAUCCCAAAGAUAUGGCUGUAUUUAUUUAAUCUGGGUUCAAAAUAAAAAGAACGAAGCAACAAUUUAGAAUUCAAAAUGAAAAACAGUGUAGAACCAUCUACUUCAUCUCCUACAUCUGGAUUUACUGCUUUUAAAAAGAGUCAUCGUUCGUCAUCUUCAUCUAUUUCUCAACCACCAAGGAUACUAAGUCCAACAGCUGGAACUGCAGAAGGAGGUGCAAAAUUUCCUCGUAUUGAUGAGUGUGCUCAUUUCCAUUAUGAAACUGUUGAAUGUGGCACCGUGCAUUUACAGUUGUUAGAUGAGCCACCUGAUGGGACAAGAUUGAAUGGCAAUUCAGAUACAAAAAUAGAACAAGCUUAUUGGAUCAAUGUUAAAUGCAAGGGCAAAGAAUGGGUUAUCAAACGAGUUUUAGAACAAUUUAAAAAGUUGGACGAUUUACUACAUGAAUGUGUUUAUGAUAGAAGAUUUACUCAGCUUCGUGCAUUGAGAAAUUUGAGUGAAGACCAUCCACCUAAGGCUCUUCACGAGUCUCUCAAAAAAUAUGUCAAUCGCCUAUCAGAGUUGCCAGAAAAUCAGAUGUCAUGUGCUCCUGUGCUACAUUGGUUCGACAUGGACAACAAAGGUACGAAGCUGGUUGCAGCAUUACGAGAAACUGCUGAUAUUAACAUACCUGCAGUUGCAGCUGCACAUGCUAUUCGACGAUAUACAGCACAGUCGGCAGAUGAACUGUCAUUAGAGGUUGGAGAUAUGGUUUCUAUCAUCGACAUGUCAGAUUCAAACUGGUGGAGAGGGAAAUGCUUACUUCGUGUCGGUUCGUUUCCAUCUCAGUGUGUACGAAGAAUCAGUGAUGCCAAGCAAGCUGAUGAAGUACCUGCUGCAGUAAAUCUUCCUUCAUCCCCAAUUUCUUCAUCUCCUCCGAAUUAUUUAAAUACAAGCAAAACAAAACCAAUUGUAAAGAAACAUGGGAAAUUCAUGGACUUUCUGCGAUCUUUUCUUGUCACAAGACCAACAAAAUCAAGGUUAAAACAAAGCGGAAUCUUGAAGGAAAGGGUUUUUGGUUGCGAUCUCGGAGAAUAUUUACAUAAUUGUGGCGAUGAAGUUCCUGUCGUUGUCAGAGAUUGCACUGAUUUUGUUGAAAAAUACGGAAUUGUUGACGGAAUUUAUAGGAUAUCAGGUGUUUCUUCUCAUGUACAAAAUCUUCGUCAUGAAUACGAUUGUGAAAGAAGACCUAAUCUAAAUAGAGAUCCAAGUGGCCGGGGAGAACAGUCUUUCUGUGAUCCACACAGUGUUGCUGGACUCUGUAAACUUUUUUUUUUCAGGGAGCUGCCAAAUCCACUGUUGACAUACCAACUUUACAAUAGAUUUGCAGCUGCAAUUAAUUCUUCUGAAGACGAACGAUUGUUAAAAAUUCAUGAUGUUAUUCAACAACUACCUCCACCACAUUAUAGAACAUUGAAACAUCUGACACUUCAUUUACAAGUGAUGGCAAAUCAGCAUGAAAGAACAUCAAUGCACUGUCGAAAUCUUGCGAUUGUUUGGGCACCAAAUUUAUUGCGAUCUAGAGAUUUAGAAGCCGGUCUUGCUGCGUUUACAGAAGCUCGUGUACAAAGCGUUGUCACGGAAUUUCUUAUCGCUAAUGCAGAUCUCCUCUUCAGUGAAAAAUUACAAAACAUGCAGUAUGAUUCAUCUCGAGGACAGCGACCUCCUCGGCCGAAAUCACUGAUGGUUUUAUCUGCUCCUAAAUUAAUCAGUUUGGAAGAAGCUCAAGCAAGAAGUAAAGCAGGAGGAGGUUUCUCUAAGCCAAGUAGUGGAGAUUUUGCCAAUUCUGUCCGCAGAGAAGGAAACGAUGUUUAUAGAAGUCGGAAAAUGUCAUCACCACCAGGAUUUCCCCACAGAGAAUCUAAAUCAUAUUCACCAACCAAGUUAUCUGGAGCAACAAUACUUCCUUUAUCUGAAGGUGGUGUUCACUCAGUAUUAAACAAAAGGCGGCAGUCUAUGGAUCCCAAACUAACUAGCAAUCGACAUUCACAUUCCAAUUUCUCAAGACAAUAUUCAACUCAGCAUUCCACAGGAUGGAAAAGUAGACUCGGAAGUUUUUUGAAGAAAAGCACUCCAGCUCCUACCAAUAAUGUGGUGGACGACAAACCAUCAAAAUCGUCUCUACGUCGAUCUCAGAGUGAUGAUUCAUUAUUAUCUUCACACAGUGCAAGGCAAGAUAGUGAUGAUGAAGAUAUGAAGGAUAAGGAAAAGGUUGAAACAUCACAAACUCCUCCUACGAUGAGACAAGGACAGAGUCCAAGAAGUCCCAGACCAAAAGGCAGAGUAUUUACAAUUGGAGAUGACGAUAUUGAAAUCCACCAUAUUGACACGGACGAUGAAGAUGCAAAUCCAACUCUAGUACCAACUCGUGAUAUAAAUAAUCAAAAAAAUUUUAAUCACAGCAAUACUCCAGACAGCAUUACAUCACCAUCAGCAGAAACAAAUACCAGCAACCCGUUCUCCGGUUUGGAUUCUGAUUUUCCAGCAGUGAUGGGAGAGUCUGGACUUGGGUUUAAUCCACUACAAUACAGCCCGACUAUGUCAUCAGAUUCUGGAAUUCCAGACAUUCCCAGAAGCUCUACUGAUGAAAUGAUUUCGAAUAAAUCAACCAAAGAAAAUCUCUUCGAAAACAAAUCUACUGUUAAUGGUCAUCAUACAAUGGGAGAAGACAAUUCUAUUAGAAGAAGUAUUGGAAAUUUAGCUGAUAUUAAAACAAUAAACAACGGAUCGACUGGUAUCUCGGCAAACACUAAUAAUUUUGAUAAUAAGCGGAAUUCUGAAAAAAUUGAAAAAUCUGAUAUUAACACUUUGUAUCUGAAUUCAAAAAUUGAAGAUAUUUUGAAUGCGAAUGUGAAAAUCAAAGAAUUAGCUAACGCAAGUCAAAAUGACGACAAAAUACAUGAAAAAAGAGACAAUGAUAUGAAUGGUAAAUGUGACAAAGAAAAAUUUCAAACUGUCGUUAAUGUCCUAUCAUCGCAUCACAAUAAUGCUGCCAAUAAUAAUAACAAUGACCAAGAGAAAGCAAAGCGGAAAAAAUUACUGAAAAAACAGAAAUCAGAGGAACUCGAAUCAUCUACUAUCUCAAAUGUUUCAUAUUAUUGGAAAUCCGAUGAAAUUGAUAGGUUGAGUGAGAUUGGUGACUCAUUUAAUGAGCAACAAGACAAAAACAGAAUGCCAGGUGUUCAUAGGAGCAGAGUGAAAAAACAAUUGAGUGUGCCUGUUGAUUUACCACCCUCUGGAAACUAUUCGGUGCAAUAUGCCUGUAGCCAACACAAAUCUAAUGGAAGGAUGCGACAAUCCAUAACAGCCACUUUCAUUCAAGAUAGGCCAUUGGAAUCAAAUAUUCGCAGACCGCAUAGUAUAAGAAGAUGCAUGGACGUUCCACCGACGGAAGUUUCACGUCCAUCUAGUAAACGACAAUACAGUGGAUAUAAGUGGCAUCGGCCAGUCUCGAAAGAUAAUAUUCCGAAACCCACACGCCUACAUUCUAGGUCUCUUUCCACCGGUGAUGAAUUAGAUUUCGUAGACAAGCGACCUGUACCGACUCCGCGGAGUAAUUCAGUAAAACCAAUUCCAAUGCCAAGACGUCAGUUAUUUUUAGAAACAGAAAAAGAGUUUUCUAAAUCUAAAAAGCAAUUUGGGGAUGCAAUUGCGAUUCAGUUUCACUCGCGAGCGUCAUCAGCGCCAUCUACGCCAGUAGACGCUCACUUAACCAGACCCAAAAAUUUUGAUACUACUUUGAUUACAGAAAAAUUAGCUGAAGAAAAUUCAGACUCACCUGUUAUCGAAAAUGUAACGAUUAUAUCUGAUAAUCUUAUUAAUUUUGACAGUGGGGUUUACGAUAGCAAAAGCACGAUAUUGAAAAAACCUUUGUCGAAGACAAAUUCUGCCGCUUCUGGUAUUGUUUCACCGUCUGAUAAUGUCUGUGCGUCUACUGUUUUGUCUUGGGUUUAGCGUUAGCGAUGUCUUUUUUAUAUCUUUAUCUAUUUGUAAUAUUAUUACAUUUUCUUCAGAACAACAUUUCCUUUUUUGUUUCUUAUUUUAUUCUGAUUCGUCAUUUUCUUUCUGCAAGCAAUUGCUUCUUUUUGUAAUUGAAGUUUCAUUUUCAUAUAUGUCUUCUUAUGAUGAUUCUAUUCUUGGUGUAUUUGGUAUUGCCUGACCAUGACAUUUGUAUUGGUAGUCGAAAGCCAAAUCAUUUCCAACUUUCAAAAUGAAUCGUGAUUUAUGCUUGUUGAUUUUUUUUAUUCAUCUGAUUCUGUUACAUUGGCUACCAUGGUACAAUUGUAUGGUAAAACCACUUCAACAUUAUUUAUGAUUAGAAAAAUAAUUGUAUCUUGUCCUUUUAAUCCUAAAUAAUUAAUUCUACCUAUUCUGUAUCUACCCUAAGUGAGAACCUAUUCGUUUUUGAUUGGGUAUAGGUACUUGUCUUUAUUUAUGAUAGAAAUUUGUAGAUUAGUAUGAGAACCUUCACAUGUCUCUGCAUAACAUUUAUAAUUUGAUUCUAAGUAUUCUUUUUUCACAUCCAUACUUUCAUGUUUAAUUUCAAGAAUUUGCAAAAUUGAUAUUUUGAUGCAUAGCAAUGCAAUCAAUUUCAAGCCUAUUGUAGCAAAUUGGCCUCAGUUACCACUCCAAAUUUAUUUUUAGAAUAAUGUCAGUGGUUUGUUGUUUUACUACAUUAAUAUUGACUACUGGUUAUUUUUUCAAUCUAUCUUUCAAAAUUUCAAGAAGUUACUAUGUUUUGCUAUGUAGCCAAAAGACUCUUCACAUAUUGUGACAGAAUUUGGGAUUGAAAUUAAAAUAGCAGUUCAUUCAUGUGCAGGGAGGAUAUGGUGCAUUGGUUAAACUCAAAUUUCCAUGGAUAACACUUUCGAAACUUGAGCCACUAGCAAUUUAAACUUAUAGAUUAAUGAUAUCUUUCAAAAUUGUUAAUUUAUUUCAUUGAAUAUCACUCACAUUAUGUCGGAAUAGCAAACCUCGGCAACUUCGAUUAUUGGUCUCUACAGAAUUCUGGUAUGAAACCAAUUGGAAUUCAAAAUAUUUAACAAACAUGUUAUCACUAAUUUGCCAAUAAUUUGGUAGAAUUUUAAAAUAUGGCUUAUUCUAUAUAAUAUACGAUAUACGAAGUUAUUUGGAUAUGUUUAUUCCCAAUGAUUGCUUUAUUUUGUAGAAACUGUGAUUAUUAAGGUUAAUAAUGCCUUAAAUUAAAUUGAAGUAUGUGUUACUAGGUGAUACUUAUUUUAAAUAUUUCUAAGAAUUGAAGAAUCUAAUUUUUUUUGACAGUCCAAAUUGUUACAGUUUCAUAUUCAAAUUUUAUUGCCAAGUAAUUAUCAAUGCAACUAUGGUCUACAUUCAACAUGAAUGUGGAUCAGGGGUCGGCGGACUGACCCCCGAUGUAGAUGUUUCAAAUGGUAAGGUCCGUGAGCAGUAGGUAUAAUCACCCCACAAAUUCAACAUUGAUAAAUGACUUCAUGUUUGGAUACCCACAAUAAAAUUAUAAUUUUUUUGAUGGGUUCUCUUGAGAAAAAUUCUUCUCUUUCAAAUGCAUUGCCCCUAUUUGAACCCAACCUAUGCUCAUUUUCCGACCGGAGUGGUGUUGGCAAAUCAGUAGUUUGGCUAUUCAGGUUUGAUUGUAUUGCCACUUUUAACAUUGGUUAGGUCUGUUUUGUACUGGGUUAUUAUCAUACCAUGGUGAUAUAGUUUGGUUGAGAAAUAGUCUCAUUUCGUAUAGCAAUUAAGAUAUUCAUGAUUCCACAAUCACAUGAUGAUCGUUGGUCGUGUCUAGAGUUUUUUUUACUUUUACUCGCUUCACCUUCAUCAUCACAUAUUUAGUAUUUCAUAGAUUCUACCAAUUCUAUGUCAUUCUGAUAAAUUGUUGAAACUGAGGAUGAAUAGUUUCAGAUAUAUAUAAAAAUUUCAUAAAUUAGCAGCAAGUUUCCUAAUCUCCGUUACUAUUAAUAUCAUAUUUUCUUUAUUUUUGUAAGUUGUUGCUGCCAUCUGUUAAAUAUACAUUUCAAAUAAAAUCAAA